AUGGGCUCCAAUUCCGCCGCUGUCCAGCAAUAUCCUUUGGUGAAGCUUCCACACCCAUAUUUGACUUCAUAUCGGGUGCAGUCGGCUGGAUCGUCGCCGGCUAAGCACUCCUUGACACUUGAUGAGCAGCCCACCGCGGGACGAUCGUUGCCAGAAACGUUACAUUCAGAUGAGCUCUCGUGGCACGAAUUGGCAUUCAUUCCCAAGACUGAACAGCCUCCAAUUUCAGAUAACACACCUUGGGGUCGCGCGCGACGCAGCCCGCAAACCGUUUUCCAAUGGACGGGGAGCGCGCCUUCUCUCGCCCAGAUCUGGAACGUUAUCCAUGCUAUCUACCUCGCUCACUCGACAAUCGAGUACUUCAGACUUGACUUGGCUGGCACAGGGCAGGACGUGAUUCGCAAUGAGCUUCUUUCCACCGGCCUGGCGAUCCAACACCCCAAAAAUCUUCGCGACAGAGAGAACAAGGCACUCCAAUUCGACCAACUGUUGGUUCUCCGAAGCGCCUUCUGGCAAGGCGCUGCUUCACCAAUGGGCCCUCGCCCCAUCUGGGUGGUAGGAGAUGGCACAGAUGGACCUAUGCGGAGCUCGCUCGAUCAGUAUCCAGUCAUGCCGGAAAACUACCAAAUCACAAAUAAGUUCCCCGAGGAGCCGGUAUAUACUCGUCACCCGACGCGUCGUCCCAAGCCUCAUCCGGGCUCAAUUGCCUACAGUCGCUAUAUACCAGAGAUCAACGAGCACUUCUCGCUCGAGGUGGUCGAUUGGCAAGAUGCGGAGCAUGUGAAGCUUUUCAACACAUGGCAAAACGACCCACGCGUUGCAGCAGGCUGGAACGAGACUGGAACCAUCAAACAGCACACUGAGUAUCUGCGCAAACUGCACUUUGAUCCCCAUGUUCUCUGCUUAUUUGGCCGCUUCAACGACUCCCGCUUCUCUUACUACGAGUUGUACUGGUCAAAGGAGGACCACUACGGCGCCCACUACGACGCCGGAGACUAUGAUCGCGGACGUCACUCUCUCGUCGGCGAUGCGAGCUUCCGAGGCGCCCAUCGCGUGAAUGCCUGGUAUUCCAGCUGCAUCCACUACUGCUUCCUAGACGACCCACGCACAGCCAAUGUGGUCGGUGAGCCCAAGGCAACCGGUGGCAUUAUUCUGUCAUACGAGAAUUCCCAGGGCCUCACCAUCGGCAAGUACGUCGACCUCGGACAUAAGAGAUCGGUCCACUCGAUUUGUAGCCGAGAGAAGUGGUUCCAGUUGUGUCCGCUGUUCUGGGAUGGGCGUGAACGGCCUUUAGAGUCCGCUGAUCGUGCCGCGUGGAAUGCCAAGCUGUAA